AUGGGCUACCUCCGCUGCAAUGCCGAAUCCGCAAUCGCCGUCUGCGAUCCCUACAACUGGGAUCGCAGCCAGCCAAGGAGAGGAAGAGUGAAAAAGAGAGCCGUCUCUGCCUCCAACAAUGCUGCUGCUGCCGCCGCGAGAGAGUUCUCCUACGCCGAACUAUCCGCCGCAACAGGCGGCUUCUCCGCCGAUAAUUUCCUCGGCAAGGGAAGCCACGGCGCCGUUUUCAGAGCCGUGCUCGACGACGGCAAGCUAAUCGCCGCGGUCAAGCGGACGAACCAUCCCCGAAACCCGGAUCCAGCCUUCCGCAGCAACUUCGCCCCCGCCGUCGCCACGCCGGGGGAGAACGAGAUCGAGAUCCUCUCCAGAGUCCGCCACCCGGGGCUGGUCAAUCUAAUCGGGUUCUGCGCCGCCGCCGAGGAGCGGAAACUUCUCGUGGUGGAGUACAUGCCCAAUGGCUCGCUCCACGACCUGCUCCAUUCCGGCCCGACCAGGCGGCCACCCGGUUGGACCAAACGGAUCCGGUUCGCUCUGCAGGUGGCCAAGGCGGUUCACGCGCUCCACUGCUCCGACCCGCCCGUGAUCCACCGCGACAUCAAAUCCUCCAACGUCCUCAUCGACGGGAAAUGGAAGGCCCGGCUGGGGGAUUUCGGCCUGGCGCUGAGGGGACACGUGGAGGACGUCCGGGUCAGGUGUACUCCGCCGGCGGGGACGCUGGGUUAUCUCGACCCGGGAUACCUCGCCCCGGGGGAUCUGAGCUCGAAGAGCGACGUCUUCAGCUUCGGGAUCUUGCUGCUGGAGAUAAUCAGCGGGAGGAACGCAAUCGACGUGAACUUCAGCCCGCCUUCCGUCGUCGAUUGGGCGGUCCCGCUGAUCAACCGAUGCGAGUUCGGGUCGAUCUGCGACGAGCGAAUCGGGGCCCCGAGCGACGGAGCCGUGAUUCGGAGCCUGGCCGUACUGGCGGCGAGAUGCGUGCGGUCGACGGCGGGGAAGCGCCCCGGGAUGGCGUCGGUGGUGGAGGCGCUGAAGGGGAUCAGGAAGAGAGCGGAAUCGCCGGCGAUUUGGAGACAGUUGAGGCAGCGCGUGGGGCGCGUGGAUGAGAUGGAGCCGCUGGAGGACGACCGCGACGCCGCCGCUGUUAGUAACAGCAUUGGCAGGGCGACGGUGAGGGCGGGAAGCAGGAAGACCAGGAAAGUGUCCAGCGUUUCAAUUGCCGAACACGGAAGCGAUGUGAUCGGAGAUGCGACGGCGGAGGGGGAGGAGGAGAGGGUGGUGUACAGGUCGAGAUCGAUCGGUUCGUUUGGGGAGAUGAAAUUGAUGAAGGCGGACGAGUAUUACAGGCUGAACAAGGCUGCAGUGAGAACGACGGGGAAGGGAGCUGUGAGAUUGAGGAAGUCGAGGUCGACGGGAGUACUGAACGGGCGGCGGCUUGGCCGGAAUAACAGUCGCGGCGGCGGUAGAAGCACAGAGAUGGAGGUUUCGAUGUCGAAAUUGGGGAUCGGUUCAGAUGAGAAUAAGGGGCAGGAGAAGCCCCUCUUCUCCAUUGUUUUACCGUCCAGCUAG